AUGAAAAUUUAUGGCAAGGCAAUAGUCCAUGGCGCAGCCACGGGCGAGAUACUCUACUCUAAAGUACCUCUUAGCUUCUGGGGCGGGGUCGAGCAGACGACUGGCGACAUUAUCGACCACCACCACCCACUCUUUGGCGAAAAUAUCAAGGAUCGCGUCCUUGUUUUACCUUCAACUCGUGGAUCAUGCAGUGGAAGUCUAGUGCUUAUAGAGCUCCUAGUCAAUCGAGUUGCGCCUACCGCGCUUGUGUUUUGGGACAGCGAGGCGAUCGUAACCACGGGGGUCAUCGUGGCCCGGACGCUCCUUGGGCUAUCACUGCCCGUUUAUCGAGUGUCACAGGGACAGUUUGAAGAUAUAGAAAAUCAAAAGUAUCUUUCGGUUCGUGGCCCUGAGCUAUUGACAAGCGAUGAGCCAUUGCCGCUACUCGAAGCCUCGCCACCCCAAGUACCAGACACUGAAAGCCACAUUUACCUCAAUGAGCAGGACAAGGCUAUUCUAAAUGGCUGCUAUAGUCCUGCUGCGUCUCGGGCCAUGGAGAUCCUACUUCAGUACGCGCACCUCCAGGACGCACGGCAGCUCAUCCCAGUGUCCCGCGCGCACAUCGACGCCUGCAUUUACACCGGUCCGGCGAGUAUACUCAUUGCGCAUAGGUUUCUUUCCCAAGGCGCUCACGUUGCUAUCCCAACGACGCUGAACUCGAUUUCUGUCGACCAGCGCCGAUGGCGUGAAGUUGGCGUUGACAAGAACUUGGCGAGCGAAGCCAACCGCCUGGCGAAUGCAUACGUUGCCAUGGGUGCAGAGAGCACAUUUACCUGCGCUCCGUACCUUUUAGACUCUCCACCAGGUGCCGGCGACACAAUCGGGUGGGCGGAGUCCAAUGCUGUGGUGUUCGCGAACAGUGUCCUUGGUGCACGCACGCAAAAGUACCCUGACCUGAUUGACGUCUGUAUCGCACUUACCGGUAGGGCGCCGCUGGCUGGAGUCCAGAUUACAGAGGAACGCGCUCCGAGACUCUGCAUCGAUGUGACUGUGCAAAAGCACGAGGCACUGGAGGAUGUAUUUUACCCGCUGCUUGGGUACGCGGUAGGAACAGUGGUCGCGGGAAAUAUCCCCCUAAUCACUGGACUGGAGUCGACGAAUCCGACUAGGUCUGACCUGAAAGCUUUCAGUGCAGCCUUUGCGACCACGGCUUCUGCGCCCAUGUUCCACAUCUCUGGCAUCACACCUGAAGCAAAGCAGUUCGAUCUAGCUGGGCUUAAGCGUAUUCCACUCGCCGACGAUAACCUGCUCUCCGCUCUCAACGGCCUUAUCACUGCCGCAGACGACUCCGUCGGCCUUGUCUCACUCGGAAACCCGCACUUUUCUCUUGAAGAGUUUGCUCGUUUCAGUGAACUGUGUACUGGCCGCCGUAAGGCGGAUUCAGUCCAGGUGAUCAUCACCACCAACCGACAGAUUUACGCUCAGGCGUGCGCUGCGGGACAUGUUGGUGCAAUCGAGACUUUCGGGGCCCAAAUACUCACAGAUACCUGCUGGUGCAUGAUGUCAGAGUCAGUGAUGGACUCUUCUGUGGUGAACCUCAUGACCAAUUCGGCCAAGUACGCGCAUUAUGCGCCGGGAAUAGUCCGCCGGGGGGUUCAUUUUGGGACAUUAAAAGACUGCAUCGCCGCGGCGGAGACAGGGAGAGCAAAGUCUGGCCUAAAUUACUGGCUGUCAGCUGUUAAAUCAGCGUGA